AUGGCUCACUUAACUUCGGCAACGACAUCAUCGCUUCACCAAUGGAGCAAGCAAUCCCUCGAGCAUCAGGAGGCCCUGGGAUUCUUCCCAAGUGCUUCUCGGCCACCAACUUUUCGAGUUGCCUUGCGCGCGGAACAAAACCCCAAGAUCCCAUCCCCAAGCCUCUUUCUCCUCGAUGCCGCGCCCGAGAUUUCUUCCAAUUCGCAUGCAGCUCUUCCGGCUGUAGCUGAAUGUGCAGUUCACUUAGAACUUCUCCAGGUAUUUCAGCAUCUCUCUAACAAAAUCCUGUCGUCAGGUGAACUGGACCAAGCAUUGGGUAUCGAGCUCAACCGACGUGUUGUCUUCCGCAACGUCAGCAAAUUCAGCAGAGGAUAUCGCCGGUAUGAGCGUCAAGAGACCAAGCUUCGGGAUUUAACGUUUGAUGAACGUCGGAAGACUAAAUGGCCAUUAUUCCUUUCUUUAGCUGCUGCGCGGUUCCUGAAAUGGGUCGAAGUGGUUGAAGAGCAUCCAGCGGAGCCAGUCAUUCUACCACCCGUCGAUAUCCUCAUGGUUUGGCAUUCACUUCUAUUGAAUCCGAAGUGGUUCAAAUCACUAAAUCACAAGAACCUGUCACAGACACCAUUUCCCUGGAAGGAGAUUCACCACGCCAUCAACUCUGAGAAACGAGAUUGGCCCAUGGAGCUCCCUUCUCGCUCGCCGUUCCGUCUAAGAACAGGACUGGAUCAAGACCUGCUGGAAGCCCUGACAAAUAUCCGGUCCGUGUCACUGAAAGAACUUCUGAAAAAACACGAUACUCGCGACGAAGGAAGCUACCAAAAAGGGAUCAAAAAGGCCGAGGUUGACGAGAUGCUGAAGAAGAAUUCCUUUCUCGAUCCUUCCGAACAUCUGCUGCUUGAGUGUUUACAGUGUGCGCUCUCAGACCACCCCAUGAUCAAGCAGCUUGUCGAUGCUGUUACACGCCAGUCUGCUUUUGUGCAGAAAAUGGACCGGCAGUUAUGGAUCCGGAGCCCGGCCGUUGAGGGGACUCUACAACGGGCCAUCCAGCGCUACGAGUAUUUUCUGACGCUAUUCAAGAUGUACCCCCGUAAGAUGCUCGUCCCAACCCUGGAUAUCGAUCUUGUUUGGCACACACACCAGUGCUCACCUGCACAGUACAUGGAAGCUACUCAGAAACUAGCUGGCCGAUUCAUCGAUCACGAUGACAAACUCGGGAGUGACAAGCUUGAUGCUGGUCUGGAGAAUACCAUCAAUUUAUACCGCGUCCGGUUUGCUGAAGAGUACGAGUAUUGUCUCUGUUGGGACUGUGAGGCUGUGAAGUCUGCGGUUGCGAGUGAGAGUCUUGGCGAGGAACAAGACGCCCAGGCUAUCGCCAAACGAUUGCAAUCAGUCCUUGCAUACUUUCGUGCGGUAGAGAUUGCGAGGAGGAAGGGAGAAACGUUGCUGCCUAUACAGGACGGGAAUAAGCCUUUUGCUUAG